AUGUCGCUCACCAUGACCCGCCACCACCUGCUCACGCCAGCCGCCGGCCUGAUGCCCACCCAGCCGACCAAAAAGCACCACCCGUCGACGCUGCCCAUGCCCGUCCCCACUCGCAAAAGCGCCAUCACACAUCACGCUCCCCGUGUCCGUGAGCGCGACCGCUCGCCGGAAAUGCUCUUCGACAUGUCCCCGGCCGAAGGGGCCGACGCGCCCAUCCACUAUCGCGCCCUCGCUGCACCACCGCCCGGCACGAGCCCGGCGCCUUCCACGCACUCGACGUACUCGUCUCAUUCCUACGCGGCCCAGCCGUUCCCGAUCAACACCAAAAACCGGCUGAGCCUCGUCGAUGCGUCGCUAGCGCCGAUUAAAACUGCACCAGUGCCGCUCAAUGUGCACCAAAAGCACGAGCCGUUCUUGUACGCCUUUCCGACGCUCUCACCCGCACAACGGGCACCACAGAGUUUGCCGACUCGUGGGCGUCCGCUCGCACUUCGCACGGAUGCAGCGCGUACGCAGCCACAUACGCCUAGCCCGCCAUUCGGCCGCGGACCGUCUAUCCGGCGAGCCGUAACCGACACUGCUACACCACCUUUGACCGGGGCGUUCCGCGGAGCGCUCGCGGCGAGCGACAGUGGAUCGUUCGAAGACGACUUCGACGAGGACGAGCUCGGCCCGGAUGCGUUCUUCGGAAGUGCGGCGGACCAUUGGCCUGCGCCGCCUGAGCCUGGCAGUAUCAAGCAGCACGAGCUCAGCCGAGGUCGUGAGCGAGCCCCGAAGCAUCGCCGAUACUAG